UUUUAAACCUAAAAAUUUCACAAGAUUAUCAUUUAAUAGGCAUAGAAAAGUGUUUUUAUAGUUGAAUUCUCUGCAAUAAGUGUUAAAUUGAUAGAAAUAAUUCAUAUUUUGAUGAGCUCUAGUAGGCAGAAUUUUGAAAUUAUUUGAUGUUUAAAAUAUCUUAUGAGGAAAUGGAUGUACACAAUUACCUAUUUGGCAAUUAAAGUUAAACAAUAUCAUUAUCCAAAAUGUUAUCAAAUAAACCAAUGAAAUUAACGAAAUUUUUAUAAUUCGAAUUUAAAGCUUAUGAGAUAAAAAAAUAAUAAUAAAAAUAAGAACAUAUAAUUAAGAUGGCAAAAGAAGUAACUAAAGGAACAAAAAAGACAACAACACCAAGUCAAAUAUUAAAUUUAUUGUAGAAGCUACAAAGAAAGUCAAGAAAGUUGUUAAGAAACCUGCGGAUCCAAAUCCAACACCAGCCCCAGUUACAACAACUCCAACUGCACCAACUACCACAACACCAGUUGUUGCUACUACACCAAAAAAAUAAGUCAAGAAAACUGUUGCAAAACCAAAGAAAGCUGGUUCUAAAAAAUCUACAACCAAGAAAAACAGUAAGAAGGUCAAUAAGAAAUAAGCUAAGAAAUGA